GUCGUUUUACCCAAGGGUCUUUAUAGUCCUACUAACUCCCAUCACAGGUCUAUCGGCCCCUCCCUUCCCCACGUUUCUUGCUAGCUCAUCCUUCAGCAGCCCACAACUCAUGGUAUUUGUGAACAACAAGAAAUUCGCAUGCGAAUCAUGCAUCAAGGGUCACCGAUCUUCGUCCUGCCAUCAUACCGAUAGGCCUCUCUUUGAAAUCAAGAAAAAAGGCCGUCCAGUGUCGCAAUGCGAAAGCUGCCGCGAGCUACGACAGUCGAGGCGUGUGCAUUCAAAGUGCAAUUGCAACAAUAAGGACGAAGCUGGACCCAGUCAGCCCGUGGUUGGAUACACCAAAUCUCGUCGAUUCAUUCCUAUCGUUCCUGCUCUACCCAAUGGCCUGAAGGACGUUCUUCAAGCAUCUCAGUCUACUGCAUCAAAGCCUCCUGAUGCACGCCAACUAGUGGAGUCACUUUUGAACCCUUGCACUUGCAAGAGUGUACGCAAGUGCAAAUGCCGAAACUCAGUCCCUUCCAAGGUCAAUGCCGAAUCUGAUGAACACGCUGGGCUCACCGCGCUCGCUCGCGCUGCCGAAUUGUUUUCUCAAGAGCCAAUAGCUCCAUCAUCUUCCCUUCCGUCACCUCCGCCUCCAGCUAGGAAGGUCAGUGGGAAACCAAGACAGAUAUCACGGCCCAAUAGUCCCAACCACAAACGUCCAAAGCACGUCCAUGUGGACCCCCCAAGGCUGGAGCUUCCCCCGAUCCAUAUUCCAGAAUUCCAAGGCGUCGACGUGCCUACAUUUGCAAUGAUGCCGCCAUUGAGUGAAGUCACAUCGUUUGUUGACUCUGGGUGCACCUGCGGUGUUUCCUGCAACUGUCCAGGGUGUACUGAGCACCGCGGUCCUGAACACGUUAGCAAGGAUCAUGAUUCAUGCGGCGAGGAAGCCUGCGGUCACUGUGUCGACAAUCGGAAUGGGAUCGCGCUUCCUGGGCUCGAUGCAGGGUCGAGUUACCUUCGCCAGUUCUUUGCACGUGCUGCUGCUCUUCCAGCCCCACCGAUCACCCGUAAGGGCAUGCAGAUAGAUCCGAUGGACCUCGCCGUUUAUCCGUCAUCAUCUCUGGAACAUGGCAGCCCAUUUGGAUUCAUCAAACUGCCAAAGCUUGAAUGCUGCGGCGGCCAAUGCGGAUGUCCCAAUGGAAGGUGUGGAUGUGGAAAGGCCUGUGAUGGAUGUUGCAUUGAACACGGUGGAGGCUCACUGGAAGCAGAAACACAAACAGAAACAGAAACAGAAACGACGAAGGAGGUAGUGGAAAGUCCUCCGCAACCGUCAGUCCCCGUGGAAAUCCCUGUUCCAAUUCCAAAGUCGUGCUGCUGUGGUGGAAAAUAGCAUCGGUGAUACCCAUUCACUAAACUAUGUUGACAUUUAUGGUGAUCUUUUGAGGAUUG